GCCCGGAUAAGUAUGGCGACCCUCAGAGCGUCUGUGUCGCUAUUUACCCUGCAGGCAGGUUCUCGGGUCACCUGGCGGGUCUGUUUCCGGGCCCGCACUCGGCCCCGGCCCGGUUCCUUGUUCCAGCCUCUGCCCGGGGCCUGCAGGGUGGGAACGCCAUGCCGUGGACUCGGCUCCGAGGCGGAAUCUGGUAGCUCAAAGAUCAAGAAACCUACCUUUAUGGAUGAGGAAGUCCAAAGCAUACUCAUCAAGAUGACAGGCUUAGAUCUGCAGAAGAUUUUUAAGCCAGCUAUACAAGAAGUGAAGCCACCAACUUAUAAGCUAAUGACCCAAGCACAGUUGGAAGAGGCUACAAGACAGGCAGUCGAGGCGGCUAAAGUCCGAUUAAAAAUGCCACCAGUUCUGGAAGAGCGAGCGCCAAUAAAUGACGUGUUAGCUGAAGAUAAGAUUUUGGAAGGAACAGAAACAGCCAAAUAUGUGUUUACUGAUAUAUCAUAUAGCAUACCACACCGGGAGCGUUUUAUUGUCAUCAGAGAACCAAGUGGCACACUACGCAAAGCCUCUUGGGAAGAAAGGGACCGGAUGAUUCAAGUUUAUUUCCCAAAAGAAGGUCGUAGAAUUUUAACACCAGUAAUUUUCAAGGAAGAAAAUCUUCGGACCAUGUACAGCCAGGACCGGCACGUUGAUGUCCUCAAUCUCUGCGUUGCCCAGUUUGAGCCAGAUUCUGCUGAAUAUAUCAAAAUUCAUCAUCAGACCUAUGAAGAUAUAGAUAAAUACGGAAAGUAUGACCUUUUACGUUCAACAAGACACUUCGGUGGAAUGGCUUGGUAUUUUGUAAAUAAGAAAAAGAUUGAUGGUUUACUGAUUGACCAGAUUCAGAGAGAUUUAGUUGAUGAUGCCACCAGCUUGGUCCAGCUCUAUCACAUCCUCCAUCCAGAUGGCCGGUCAGCUCAAGAGGCCAAAGAGCAGGCUGCUGAGGGAUUACAUUUAGUUAAGGUCUUUGCAGAAACAGAAGCACAGAAGGGAGCAUAUAUAGAAUUAACACUGCAAGCUUAUCAAGAAGCAUUCAUUAGCAAUUCUGCAGCUUCCUAAAAAUAUUUUUUAAAUAAAUUUCGUUUUACUAAAUACGGGCUAGUUUUCUCUGUUAAUACUGAGUGGUUUAAAAAUGUCAAAAUUGGGAGCUCCCUAUAAAAUUACUUCU